GAAAAACUGGGGCCGCUGAGAAAAUGGUUGCUGUCACUGCGCGUCGUUGUGCCGUUCAGCGGAUGUAAUGGCUGGGGCAGUUGCUACAGCCUGCUUUUGCCGUUGAUUUAGAAAAGGCAAUCAAAUCAAUCAAUCGUGAGCCCUUCAGCUCACAGCCUCCCGAGCCCACCCAUGUGGAGGAGGCUGGAGGCACAAUCAAGGCUUGACCAAGAGGCUCAACAGACUCUCACGAACCCGAGCUACGAGUCAUUUCCAGCCGCAGACACGCGCACACCACGCCUCUCACCUUGGCCCAUUGGAAGCUUGCCCAGCUGCCAGCACUCACACACUCUCACACACUCUCACACACAUGACGGCGGAAGAGGCGACCGUGCAGCGAGCGAGUGUCCGAUGAGAUCAUGACCUCGUCCGCCUCCGCCGCCGUUGCCGGCAAGGCCGCUGCGGAUCAGCCAGGUGCGCACGAGUGGCACGAGGGGGUGGCGGCUAGCGAGGCGGCCCCUGAGGAGACGGCUUCGGCCAAUCCCCGCAAGAGGAAGAAGAGCUCGCGGGCGUGCGACUACUGCCACGUCAACCACCAGCCCUGCGACAAUGCAAAGCCCCGCUGCAGUUACUGCGAGAAGCACGACAAGCAGUGCCUCUACCUGCGUCCGCAGAAGAAGAGAGGUCCCGCCCAGGGCUACCGCAAUGCUCUGCACAGCAUGCGCGAGAGCGCCGCCGCCUGGGGUGCCGCCUUGACGUUGGUCCCCGAGCUGGCAUCGCUCGUCGAGGCCGCCGUCGCCCGCACCGACGAGGGCAAGCGCCUUGCCGCCGCCGUUAGGGAUCCCCAGCAGCAAGACUCACUCAUCCAGUCGUGGCAGCAGAGCGUCGCCUUCAGGGCCUUCUUCGGCGACGACGCCGCCGCCUCCACCGUCGGUGCCGGCGAGAGCGAGGGAGAGUCGAGGCGGGAGCCUGUCCGCGGCGUCCAUGUUGCCCCCAUUGCUGCUGAUGCCGCGUCGGGGGGCAGACCCAGGCGCCCAUCGACCUCACUCACCGGGCAGCCUCUCUCCAGCACCGGCUCGCGCGCCGAGCAGAGCAGCAUCUUGACCCCAUCCCCGUCCAACGAUGGCUCGAAAGCGGCGCUCGGGUCUGUGAACCCAGAGCGCUCACACCCGUCGGUUUCGGUUUCGGACUUGGUGGUAAAGGACGCCGCAAGAUCCUCCGAUGGCUUCUCCCAGACACUUGGGUCCCUGGGCUUCGCCCCGGGCGAGACAGUAGAAGAUUUUGUCGCCAUGGCCUCCAAUCCGGAGCCCAUGGAGGAUACGGCACUGGAGCUGGACCCGUCACUCGGGAGUGAAAUGGACCAAAAGGCGUAUUACGAAUUACUAAUGGGGAAAAGCUUCUUCUCAUAACCACCGUCCAGAGGUACCCGGAGUGCCAGCGAAGAAGCACCAGGAUUUGCAUCUGGACAAAAUGAUAGGCAUUAUAAUUUACAAUAUACCCGUCUCACGAAGCCGGGAGAAGCAACCACAGCAAGGAUUUUUUUCAAAGUGGCCACUAGGAACCACAGAACCAUCGGUUUCCUCGAGCCCAACAAGAGGCCAAUUCGAGGGAUGAAGGAAAGCGAGAACGAAACCCCCAGCAGCCACCAACAGCUCCCGAGGUACUACAAAAAGGCCGGUCUCGCAACCAUGGAUCCAGCCAGAGGAAUAAGGGCAAAAGAAGACGAAGUCACCAAACAAAAAAACAGUACACUUCAUGCCCCACCCGAGACUCGUCUUGAUGCUAAAAGCCAAACCGCCGCCAUGUCGGUGCAUCGCUGAGCCCAGCCCAAGUCCCAGUUCAUACCCUGAAGCGUUAUCAUUUCUGCUGCAGUCAGGGCCGUGUGCUCACGGCCCUCCCGUUGUGCGGUCCAGACAUAUUGGCAAAUGUCCACCGUCAGCGCGUUUGCGAUGGACGUCAUGCCCACGGGGGAAGCAUCUGUAACGUCGCGGCCGCAGAUUCUCAGAACCUCGUGCAGGUCCUGCGACCAAUCCCAGUGGCCGUCAGCGGCCUGGAGGCUGACGAGGCGCCGCAAGAUCUCGAUUCGGUUCUGUGGGUCGUAGCCGCCGGCGCUGUACGGCUGUUGCUGGUGUUGAGCGUGUUGAUGUGGCUGCGGCACCGUCGAGAUUAUGGUCGAGUGUUUGCCGUCGGUGCUGCUGAGGGCCGGGCUCGAGCUCGUGUCGGGCUGCUGCGCGAACUGCUGCUGCUGAAGGUGCUGGAGCUGCUGGUGGUAGGUGUUGACGGCGCUCGGUGAGGGCUCCGCGGAGCUCAGGGGCGAGGGCUGGCUGUGGUAGCCCUGCGAAGGUCCCGAGGUGCUCGGCGCAUGACCGAAGGCCGUCGUGGAGGGCGGCGAUUGGUAAAACGUCGACGAGCCGGCCGGGGCGAACGGCUGUGCGUGCACAUGCGCCGUGUUCGGCGCUGUCGCCGGAUUUGGGUUGAAGCCGUGGUGAGGAGGGCUCCUCAGCCCGAUGACGAUGAAGAUGGCGAGAAGUAUCAGGUCGAUAAAGCUAGUUGGAAGCAUUGUCAGAGUGGCCCGGCCCAACGUCAGGAUCGAUCCGAAAGGGUCAACACUAAGCCAUACCAGUUCACGGCCGAACCUGCUACUCCCACAGCCCUCCAGAUGAUUCGGGCGUCGCUUUCGUUCGGGAAGCGAUUGGCAUAAGUGAGGGAACCCAGAGCCUCCUUCAGUUUGAGUUCACUGUCGAGCUCGGCAGUGAGAUAAUAAAGAGGUGCAAUCCAUAUUCCCGCAAGUGCGACGAGCC